AUGGCCAAUAGCUCUGAUCAGGACCACCACCAAAUGCCGAGCGUCCCAACCCGCGCUGUCGCUAUGACCCCGCCUACUUCUUCUCAACGAUCCGGAUAUGAUCAGGCUCUCAUGGCAGGUGAAGUCCAGGCCAACCAAUUCCCAGGGAGCUCCAACUGCGCGGAUGCCAAUGGCUAUAGCAAUGUCCAUGCGGAAGACUUCGCCUCUUUUCAUACACUAUUGAAUACAACCACCACCAUCGCAUAUGGACAAAAGCUUGAUAAGGAGUGCAUGAUCCACUUGGAGCUGCUCUGCCGUCACAGCCAGAAGAUUAGCGACCUAUUCACUCAUGCUGAAGAGCUCUCUCGGUCUUAUGCGAAAGUCAAGUCAAUCAGGAAGGCUACCAGGUCACUACUCCCACCAGAGACGCCAACCGACGUGUUUCUGGGCGAGAAAGUGGACGAUAUGGUCGUAAAGGCCAUGAAUCUCAUUAUUGAAAGCUUCAAGAGACUUCCUCUUUCUGAAUAUCAGAUUCCGGUGAAAAAGGCUCUGGAAACCGUGACGGAUGAGCAAUUCCAGAACUCAAAGCUUUGGAAGGAACCUUCAAUCAAGCGAAAGGACUAUCCUAGCACGCAAGUACUUGAACGCCUCCAAGUUAUGAAACCGGAAGCGGUGCUGGCAGUCCUUCGACGGCUGUAUCAAUCUCUCUGGCGGAUCAAGGCAACGGAGGAGCAGAAAGCUGCAAACAACGAGUUAAAAGCGGCAGCACAACAGCGCAUCCUGCUUCCGAACGUCGAUGAGAACGCCGUCGGUGCUAUCGUGCAGUGGAUCUACAAAGGCACUCUCCGAUUCACUGAUGCGAACAAUCUAUGCGAGAUCUACGGUCUUGCUGGACGCCUUGGGAUCCAACAAUUAGCAGACACCUGCAUGAGCAAGCUCUCAGGUGGUACCCUUGCAGCUCUCCAGCAUGCCAAUAUCGAAGGCAUUCAUCUUCAAGAACUGCUCGAUCGACCUCAACCCCCCAUCACGCAGGGUUCCCUUCCCGAUUUGGUCCGCACUGUAUUCUUCUUCGUCCUCAAACAUGAGAAGCCGCCGGCUGCGCUCAAGCAACUGGUCAUCGAAGCCAUAGCAGAUAGUGCAGACGCUGGCUUACUCGCUGUUCUGCUGCAAAUCAUGAACUGCGAUGUGAGGGGUCAGCUCUGCAUUGCCUUGACGGAUCGAUUGGCCAAGGUCAAAAUGGAGACGAAAGAGCAUGGCGCCAUGGAUCACAACGGCCACUCUUCAUUCGACUCCAUGAAAUCCGAGGUCCCAUUCGAUGAGGGUUCUGAGAGCAAGUAUGACUGGAAGGGUGCCGGUCAGCCGAUGUCUGAUAGUGGCUUCUCCACCAACCACAACGCUUACCCUGACGGCGUCUCCGCAAGCGAUUCUCAUUAG